AUGACUCCGUGUACCAGAGUGGCGCCUUCUUCGAGUGCAAGUGCAGUGAGGUGCAGUGGUGUGUGCGAAAGAGCGUGGGUCGACUUGGCCACGGCGAGCGAAGUGCGCGGAGGUGGCGGUGGCCGCGCGGCCAUGACCGGCGACAUGCCUCUAGGGAGCGCGCACGCGUUCGGGCGCGCGUUGCUUCGGGACGGGGCGCUGCCACCGCUUGAGCCCGGCCCGCCCGCGCCGCCGACGGCCAACGCGCAGCCGCCCGACAAGCGGCCACCGGCCGCUGCCGCUAGCCCCGAACAGGUCAUGAAGCUCUAUAUGAAUAAACUCACCCCCUAUGAACACCGUGAAAUAUUCGACUACCCCCAAGUGUACUUCAUAGGCGCUAAUGCUAAGAAACGACCUGGUCUAGUCGGCUUCCCAAACAAUUGCGACUACGACAACGAGCAAGGCUCAUACAUCCACAUCCCUCACGACCACAUAGCGUACAGAUACGAGGUGCUCAAAGUUAUCGGUAAGGGUAGUUUCGGGCAAGUGGUGAAGGCUUACGACCACAAGAAGCGAGAGAAUGUUGCGCUUAAGAUGGUCCGCAACGAGAAGCGGUUCCACCGCCAGGCACAAGAGGAGAUCCGUAUAUUGGAGCACCUCCGCGAACAAGACAAAGAUAACACGAUGAACGUCAUCCACAUGUUCGAUUCGUUCACGUUCAGGAACCAUACAUGUAUCACUUUCGAAUUGCUGUCCAUUAACUUGUACGAGCUGAUAAAGAAGAACAAGUUCCAGGGGUUCUCGCUGCAGCUCGUGCGCAAGUUCUCGCACAGUCUACUACAGUGUCUACAUGCACUUAACAAAAACAGAAUCAUACAUUGCGACAUGAAGCCGGAGAAUGUGCUGCUCAAACAACAGGGACGCUCCGGUAUUAAGUUGAAACUGUGUGCGUGCGAGCCCGAUCAGCUGGCCACACCCGCCACCCCUAUUUGA